UGGGAGGCUCGACUGAUGGCACGAAUCUUGGCGCAAUGGAGACGAUCCGCGACGUUUGACGUGCGGGAGAAAAUCCGAAAUUAUAAAUUAUCAGCGAAAAUAUCCAACAGUACACAAGAAUGGCGGACGAGGAGCUACCAGCCGGUUGGGAGAAACGUCUCAGCAGAUCGACCGGUCAACAUUAUUAUUUAAAUAUUUAUACUAAAGAGAGCCAAUGGGAUAGGCCAGAUAAACCUGCGGAUCCAUCUGGUAACGGCAAAGCGGAUGGUCCAGAAGAAGUGCAAUGCUCUCAUCUUCUUGUGAAACAUUCAGGCUCUCGACGACCCUCUUCCUGGCGAGAAGAGAAUAUUACUAGGUCAAAGGAAGAAGCUCUUGAUCUUGUUAAAUCUUAUAGAGAACAAAUCGCGUGUAAAGCGACGUUCGCCGAGCUGGCCUCCAAGUACAGUGACUGCAGUUCGGCGAAGAGGGGCGGUGACCUUGGACCCUUCAGUCGGGGCGCGAUGCAGAAGCCCUUCGAGGAGGCGGCAUUCGCGCUGAAGGUAGGCGAGCUCUCCUCGCCUGUGCACACAGAUAGCGGAAUUCACAUCAUUCAACGGACUGCAUAAGGCUGCAGUCUUCCGUUGCGAGGAAAUAAAUUGCCGAGAAAGCUCGUGAGAAAUUUCUCUCUCUUUUAUCUCUCUCUCUCUCUCUCUCUCUCUCUCUUUCUCUUUGUCUUUUAUAAUCUUGACGGUUAUAAAUUAUUCAUACCAAUGGGUGUUCUUCCAACAACAUCAUGCGCUGAUUGUUGCAAUUGUUUAGCUUAUUGAAAUUUGAAUUCUUCGAAGGAAAACGUUUUUUUUAGGCUUGACUUCUUUAGAUUUAAAAAUUGUAAUGUUAUUCUUAUUUUUACUCUACUUUUGUUGGACAAUUUUGUGCUUUGUAAUAGGAUAAUAAGCAAAUUUAAGGCUUCUGGCUCUUCAUCGACUAUGUUGAAAUUGACGUUAAAACUUUUUAGAUGCUAUUUCAAAAUAAAAAACAUAUUUUGAUGAAUCAGCACUUCAGUGACUGCAAAGACUAGACAGACUGGCUCUGAUAUUACAGUCAUUUUACAGCUGUUGAUUAAUUAUAAGGGGAAGGAUAGUUUUCGAGGUAUUUUAAAAGUGUGCUAAAGCCUGAUCUGAAGUAGUUUUAUUCAUCGUGAAAUAUCUUUUCAUCUAAACAUGGCAUUUAAAAAUUUUUAGCGUGACGUCACAAUCUGACAUGGUCGCGGCAAGGAUCUAGGAGCCUUAAUGAUGCGAUUAAGGAAACUUUGAGGCAUCAUUAAUAUAUUUUAAGUGUGAGAGCGCAUACACAUCACAGUGUCAUUGAUAUAUUAGGAACGGGAUAUUAAUAUUAACAACUUAUAGAUAUCAUUAGGAGAAAUAAUAUUCGAAUAUGCUCUUUGGAAAUUCCAUUUAUCAUUAUCUUAUCCACAGGAUGUAGAGAUUGUUUAAUGUUAAAUGUUCCUUCCAGCUGGAUGAAAGUUAUGUAAAACACAGGGACUGCACCAUUCAAAUUAUUACCUAAUAAUUUUGUGCAAUUAUAAUCAUGAAAAUUACACGAAACACUGAAGAGCAUCAUGCUCGAUUAUUUUUAGCAACAAAACUUGUACUAUUGAUUAAUUGAUCGGAGUCACUCUCGAUUAAUUGUAUUUAAGAAAAAGUUUGAUUUUUUAAUUGCAUCUUAUUUAUUUACAUUUAUUAAUGGCUUUUGAGUCAGUUAGGUUCAAUUAUAAGAUUAUAUUAAGAAAAUGCAUGCUUUAUUAACCAAAUGCUAGUAAAUUUUGUUUGUUUUUUUGUGUAAAUUUUUAAACAGUAUUGACAGUAAAUAUUUUGAUAAAAUGUUUCCGUGAUGUUUCAAUUUUAAAAUAAAU